UAAAGGAAUCACUACCUUCCGCCGCCUUGGAUAUGCACAAACGCUUUGAACCAUUACGCGAAUCGCAGCUGAAGUUGGCCCAAAUUGAAAAUGCUUACAACGCGGUUCGGCAAAAGACGCUCACCGUGGAAUAUCCGCUGAUUGCAGACGAGGUGGAAGCUUUCGACACCGAAUUGGCCCCAGCGUUAAAAUCCAUGAAUUGGGAAAAUGUCGACUCUGCAUUUAUCGAUAACCUUCAGAGCAAGAUUAGUACAAUUCAAUCCCGUGUGGUGAAGGCACAAGAGAAUUUGAAACAAGUCGAACAGUUGGCCUCGCAGUGGCGUUCUGCUCCGUUGUAUCAAGGCAAGGAGCGAAAGUUUGAUUGUCUGAUCCCAUUGGAAGAGAGGGAAGCUUUGCGAGAAGCGCGAUUCAAAGAAAUUGACACGGCAGCAGCCAAGAUAGACGAACUGAUAAAGGAUAAUCUGGAAUUAUUCAAGGCGGACGAAGGCAGCUCCGAUUGGGCAGCUUAUCUAGAAGCUGCAGAAGACAUGAUCUUGGGCGGCCUCAUUGAGGCCGUCCGAUGCAGUUUGGCGUAUCUGUCAUCAAGAACGGAAAGAAGCAAAACCGAAAUACCACUGAUGGAAACCAAAUUAAACUUGGUAGAGAAUCGACUCGUGUACACUCCCGGGGUGCAAGAUAACCAAGGCGAAAAUCUGCUCGAUCUGGUCGACAGCCUGAUACAGGAUAUCACAAACCAAUCACGUCUCAUUCCCUCAUUGUUGCAUCCUCAGAAGCCCACGCUGACCUCAGAGACAUCCGCCGAAAAGACCGAGCCCUCGUCGGAUACUUCAACUACACAACGAAUCAAAAACCUUGUUGGUUUCUCACAGCAGGUAUUAAACACCACUGAGAUUUCCGAAUUUGUUAAGAAGAUAACGGAGCAUGUUCGAGCUGCCAUGCGGGCCGCAGCAGAGUUUCAGACAAACCUAGAGACGAGUUACUCCGUGUACUGGGCUGAAGAUCGUACAGAAUUCAUUCGUCAGUUCUGUCGUUACGGGCGUUUAUUGACAAAAGACGACCUGAGUCCAACCGGUGAAAUAGAGGCACCAGAAAAUCCCCCGACGUUAGAGCAAUUCCGUGAACAAAUUUUGAAAUACGAUCGAGUAUACGAAGAGGUAGAACAUCUUCCGGAUACACAUAUAUUCGACUCUUGGCUUCGAGCCGACUUAAAACCGUUCAAGAACUCGCUUCUCACCGUAAUUCGCCAAUGGAGCGACAAGUUCAAACAGUAUCUCGUAGAUCAUGUAACCUCUACUUUGGACAACUUGAAGGUCUUCAUUGAGGAUAGCACAAACGAUAUGGAGAUAAAGGGAGAUCCGGAGCAAGUGGAUUACGAUAGCUUGGUCCGCGUCCUUGAGAGGCUGAAGUUGAUUCGGGAAGCGGAAGACGCAACUGACGCUGGUUUCGAACCACUGAGGGAGACGGUAGCACUACUGAAAGAAUUUGGUGAGGAGCUGCCGACUUCCAUGAAUAAACUACUGGAGUCAUUACCUGAUCAGUGGCAUGAGCUGAAGAAUGUUGCUGUACUCACGAAACAAAAGAUACAACCAUUACAGGAGCGCGAGGUGCAGAACAUUCGCGCAUUGAGUGCCCACUACGACGCCGAAUCGGCUAGAUUGAGGAAAGAAUUUAGCGAAUCGGAUGUGUUCGACUUCGAAUGUCCACAGCCAUACGAAAGUUUGGAUGAGUGGAACGCCCGUCUGGCCGAAGUUGAGAAAGGUGUUGCAGAGAUGCAGGUCUCUGCCAAAUCGUUUGAAGUUCGUGAUAUUCCAACCUACAUGGACUUGAAAGCGAUGCGACGUGAGAUGAAAGUGACCAAACGAGUGUGGGAUUACAUCAACAUGUUCCGAAGCUAUGUCACCGCUUGGAAAACAUCAAGGUGGAAGGAGAUUGACUUUGGAUCGAUUGAUGAAGUUAUUCGCGAAAUCUCCUUGGAAAUUCGAACGAUGGACAAAGACGUUAAACAAUGGCCUAUGUUCCAAGGCUUGGAGGCCGAAUUGAAAGAUAUCAAUGCCUCGGUUACAGCAGUCCGGGACUUACAGAACCCAGCAGUCAAAGACCGCCACUGGAUCGAGCUUAUGGCCGACACCGGUCGCACGAUCGAUGUGAACGAUGAGACCACUCUGGCCGAUUUGCUUUCCCUCAAUCUACACAAGUUCGAGGAGGAGGUGCAUGGCAUUGUGUCUAAGGCAUCCAAUGAACAAAAGAUUGAGCGUGAUUUGGAGAAGAUAGAGCAAGUGUGGAGCGAAAUGAUGUUUGAAUACGAGACACACGAUAGGACUGGGAUGCAGCUGCCGAAGCAAACGGAGCAGCUGACCACAACGUUAGAGGAGAUUCAAGUGAAAGUGCUGGAUAUGUUAGGUAAUAGAGACAAUUCGUUCUACAUAGACCGAAUCAAUUAUUGGCACAAGACACUGUCUACAAGUGACCAAGUCCUGAGCGUGUGGUUUGAGACACAGCGUAUAUGGUCGGGUUUGGAGUCGAUCUUUAUGCUGUGCGAUGAUAUAAAAUCACAGCUGCCUGAGGACACAGCCAUGUUCAUGGAUUUAGACAAAGAGUUCCGUGUCCUCAUCGAAGAACUUCAAAGCAAACCCAAGGUAUUGGAUGCCACCACCGAGAGACCAGAGAUGCUGGAUGAAAUACAAAAAAUUCUUGACGGUUUAGCCGUGUGCGAGAAAGCACUGGCGGACUAUUUGGAGACAAAACGCUUAUCCUUCCCACGUUUCUACUUCGUCUCGCAGGUAGAUGUCACAGAUAUUGUGAGCAAUGGUAAAGUGCCAGCGAAGGUGUUGCGCCACUUGUCGAAAUUGUUCGACAGCAUUUGCAGCCUCACAUUCGCUGAACCGAACGCCGAGGUCGCACAUGCCACCAAGAUGGUUGCCAAGGAUGGAGAAGAGGUCAAAUUUGUCAAGUCAUUCGAUUUGCAAGGACAAGUAGAAGAAUGGCUCAACUUGUUAUUGGACGAGAUGCGUCACACAUUGCGAAAGGUUUUGGCUGAGGCCGUUGCGGCAUAUGAGGAGAAACCCAGGGAUCAAUGGAUAUUCGAUUAUCCCGCACAAAUAGCCCUCACUGGAUCCCAGAUAGGGUGGAAUAGUGAAGUUCAAAUUGCAUUCGGUCGCCUGGAGGAGGGCUUGGAGAACGCAAUGAAGGAGUACAACAAGAAGCAAAUCAGCCAACUGGGAAUACUUAUUCAAAUGCUUCUCACCGAUCUUACUCCAGGCGACCGUCAGAAAAUUAUGACAUUAUGUACUGUUGAUGUGCACAAUCGUGAUAUUGUUGGUAAACUGAUCUCACAGAAGGUCGAAAACUCCCAGGCCUUCACGUGGCUCUCCCAACUUCGCCACCGAUGGGAUGAUGCGAAACAGAAUUGCUACGCGAACAUUUGUGAUGCGCAAUUCGCCUACGCCUACGAGUAUCUCGGCAACACACCGCGGUUGGUUAUUACCCCGUUGACCGACCGGUGCUACAUCACUCUAACGCAAUCCCUGCAUUUAUGCAUGAGCGGCGCCCCUGCUGGUCCCGCGGGAACGGGGAAGACGGAAACCACCAAGGAUUUGGGCAGGGCCUUGGGAGUCAUGGUCUACGUGUUCAAUUGUUCUGAACAGAUGGACUAUAUGUCUGUGGGUAACAUAUACAAGGGAUUGGCGCAAGCCGGUGCUUGGGGCUGUUUUGAUGAAUUCAAUCGAAUCGCGGUGGAAGUCUUGUCUGUGGUAGCCGUACAGGUCAGUCUUUUCUCCGUCAUCAUGCGCGAUUUGGCUAAUAUGACUGGACCGGAUCCAAAGUGGAUUGUGCUGGAUGGCGAUAUCGAUCCGAUGUGGAUCGAAUCUCUGAACACUGUGAUGGAUGACAACAAGGUCCUUACCCUCGCAAGUAAUGAACGGAUUCCACUCACGAACAGCAUGCGGCUUUUAUUUGAGAUAAGCCACCUGAAAACAGCUACACCAGCUACUGUAUCAAGGGCUGGCAUUUUGUACGUCAACCCCGGAGAUCUGGGAUGGACACCCUAUGUUCACAGCUGGUUGGAUGAACGUGUACGUCAAAAGAAGACACUCUCACGAACGGAGCGCCCAGCUUUGUCAAUUUGUUUCGACAAAUAUGUGUCUCCCUCUCUGGAAAUCUUGAAAACAAAGCUGAAACGCGUCACACCGAUUCCGGAUAUUGCUCACGUUGAAAUGUUAUGCCACCUGUUGGAAUGCAUGCUGGACGCCCAGAAAGCUUUGAAGGAUAACAGGGAUUUCACCAAAGAGAACUAUGAGAUGUUGUUUGUCUUUUGCAGUGUUUGGGCGUUCGGUGGAUCCUUGUUCAAAGAUCAGCUGGCAGACUACCGGAUCGAAUUUUCGAAAUGGUGGUUAAACGAGUUCAAGCAAGUGAAAUUCCCAUCCACCGGAGGUGUGUUUGACUUCUUUUGGAAUUUAAACACUCGUAAGUUUGAAAGUUGGAGCACGCGAUUGAGCAAGUGCGAACUCGAUCCGGAAAUUCCCCUGGAGGCAUCGCUGGUUCCAACCGUUGAAGUCGCCCGUUUACGUUUCUUCUUGGACCUACUUAUUGAAGCCGGUCGUCCGGUGAUGUUGGUCGGUUCUGCCGGCACUGGAAAGUCGGUCAUCAUGCAGGACAAAUUCACCUCUUUGUCCGAUGAGUUCAUCGUCAAAAAUAUUCCGUUCAACUUCUACACCACCAGCCUCAUGCUUCAGGAGGUGCUGGACAAGAGCUUGGAAAAGAAAGCCGGCAUUAAUUACGGACCACCGGGGCAAAAGCGGCUAAUCUACUUCAUAGACGACCUAAACAUGCCCGAGGUCGACCAAUACUUCACUGUUCAGCCGCACACACUCAUCCGUCAGCACAUUGACUACGGACACUUUUACGAUCGUCAGAAGCUGACCUUGAAGCGCGUGCAAAAGACACAGUACGUCGCCGCUAUGAACCCCACGGCUGGCAGUUUCACCAUCACUCCGAGGCUGCAACGGCACUUCUCCGUAUUCGCGCUCAGUUUCCCCGAUGAGGCCGCCGUGAAGACGAUUUACGCCACCGUACUUAAACAACACUUUGUCCGCAAUAACUUCCCUAUGGUUGUCGUCCGCUCGGUGGACACAUUGGUCGACGCGUGUUUGGCUGCUCACAUGAAAAUCACCAGCGUCUUUCUGCCCACCGCCGUCAAGUUCCACUACGUGUUCAAUCUGCGAGACCUGACCAACAUUUUCCAGUGUUUAUUAUUCAGUCAGCCAGAAGUGUGCAACAGCGUUCUCUCCAUGGUUCGCUUAUACCGUCAUGAGGCUAUUCGUGUCUACACGGAUAAAAUGAUCGAUGUGGCCGACGUGGAAGCGGCCUUGAAGCAUGUGACCGCAGCCAUAUCCGUUCAGUUCCCAGAGCUGCACUCCGCCGACAUAACUGCGGAGCCUCUGAUGUAUUGCAGUUUUAACAAGGGCCUGAGUGCCGAGCGACAGUACUGCGCUGUCCCUUCUGUUGAUCAAAUUAACAAAGUUGUGAUCGACGCACUGAACGCUUACAACGACACAUAUGCCAUGAUGGACCUGGUUCUGUUCAGUGAUGCAGUGGCUCACGUGCUUCGAAUAUGUCGCAUUUUGGAAAUGCCUCGCGGAAGCGCCCUGCUAAUCGGUAUUGGAGGUUCCGGCAAGCAGUCUCUGUCUCGGUUGGCUGCUUUCAUGUCUGGUUUCGAAGUAUCACAAAUUGUGUUGCGCAAAGGGUACUCGCAGCAAGAUUUACGUGCUCAUCUGGCUCAGUUGUAUUUGAAGGCCUCGUUGAAAAACAUGCCCUACGUGUUCCUGAUGACUGACGCUCAAGUUGCGGACGAACGAUUUCUCGUCUAUGUCAACGAUUUUCUCGCAUCAGGAGAAAUACCGAAUCUGUUUGCCGAAGAAGAAUUGGAUCAGAUUAUAACGAGUAUUCGGCCAGAGGUGAAGAGCAUUGGUUUGAUGGACACAGUCGAAAAUUGCUGGCAAUUCUUCAUUGAUAAGACUCGGAAAAUGUUGAGAGUCAUCCUGUGUUUCUCCCCCGUUGGGGACAAACUUCGUGUACGAGCUCGACGCUUCCCAGCUUUGGUCAACCGAACCUGUAUUGACUGGUUCCACGAAUGGCCGCAGGAGGCUCUGCUGUCUGUAUCGGAAAGAUUCUUGACUGAUUGUCCUGGUCUGUCGGACGAGGUUCGCCCAUCUGUGAGCCGCUACAUGGCCUACGUCCACACCACGGUAAACGAGUUGAGUCGAGAGUAUUUGGAAAAGGAGCGUCGUCACAAUUACACCACUCCGAAAUCCUUCUUGGAACAAAUCAGCCUGUAUAAACGCAUGGUCGGUGAUCAGAUCGAGGAACUGCAGCAAAAGAUCGACCGACUUGUGAAUGGUUUGGAAAGACUGAAAGAAGCAGGCGAACAGACGAGCGAGUUGAAGGUUCAGUUGGCGGAACAGGAGGUUGUGGUGAAGGAGAAGAGUGAGAAUGCCAAAAAGUUGAUUGCUGUGGUUGGCCAAGAGACGGAAAAAGUUUCUGCCGAAAAAGAGAUCGCUGCGGAAGAGGAAGCCAAGGUCAGUGUGAUUAAAGCCGAAGUGACUUUGAAGCAGCGUGAUUGUGAGGAGGAUUUGCGCAAAGCCGAACCAGCUUUAAUCGCAGCGCAAGAGGCGCUGAACACCUUGAACAAAAACAACUUGACCGAGUUGAAGGCGCUCACAAACCCACCUCCAGAUGUAGUCCUCGUGUGCUCCGCUGUAAUGUGUCUCUUUGCUAUGGAUGGAAAAUUACCCAAAGAUCGUAGCUGGAGGGCUGCAAAGGCAGGGAUUAUGUCAAAGGUUGACCAAUUUUUGUAUAAUCUGCUGCACUACGACAAAGAAAAUAUUCAUCAGAACAGCAAGCAAGCUGCGUUAGAAUACGUCAAAAUGCCUAACUUUGAUCCGGAAGUGAUUCGGACGAAAUCUUCCGCUGCUGCCGGUCUGUGCUCGUGGGUGAUUAAUAUAUUGAAAUUCUAUGAAGUCUAUCUGGAAGUCAAACCGAAACGUGACGCUCUAGACGCUGCAAAUGAAGAGCUGCGUCAAGCCACCGAAAAACUUGAGACACUGCAAAAGAAGAUAGCCGUUCUCGAAGCCUCUCUGGCAGAACUGACAGCCAAUUUUCGUGAAGCAACUGAAGAGAAACUGCGAUGUCAACAAGAGGUGGAUUUCACAGCCAAAACACUGGAUUUGGCAAAUCGACUGGUUAGUGGCUUUGCAUCGGAAAAUGUGCGUUGGGCUCAACAAGUAGAGGUAUUGCGUAAGCUCGGUGAGACUGUAAUAGGAGAUGUCUUGGUAACCACAACGUUUAUUUCCUACUUCGGUUACCUGAGUAAGCCUUUUCGACAGCAGUUGUUGGACAAAAGGCUAUGGACCUUUAUGAAACGGUUAAAUGUCCCAAUUCCCAUUCGAGACGGCAUCGAUCCAUUGUACAUGCUGGUCGAUGACGCUAUCAUUGCAACUUGGAACAAUCAAGCACUUCCAGAGGAUCGGAUGUCCGUGGAGAAUGCCGCUAUAUUUAGCUUCUGUGAACGGUGGCCUCUUUGUGUUGAUCCCCAGUUACAAGCGAUCAAAUGGAUCAAAGUGAAAUACGGUUCUGAUCUGGUGGUCACACGACUGGGAGCGAAAAAUUAUCUGGAUCAGAUUGAACGGGCGAUUUCGGAUGGGAGUGUCGUUCUAAUCGAGAAUAUCGGUGAGACAGUCGAUCCAAUUCUCGACCCCAUCAUUGGACGUCAGACUAUCAAGAAGGGAAGCGCAAUCAAGAUGGGCGAUCGGGAAAUUCCGUACAAUCCGAAUUUCCGACUACUUUUGCAAACCAAACUGGCUAACCCCCAUUACCAGCCAGAGCUACAGGCCCAAACUACCCUGAUCAAUUUCACUGUGACUCGCGAUGGCCUUGAAGAUCAGCUGCUAGCUGUGGUCGUGAGCAAAGAACGUCCCGACUUGGAGAGGCUCAAAUCCGAUUUGACGAAACAGCAAAACGAGUUUAAGAUUACACUGAAGAACUUGGAGGAUUCACUGUUGGCCAAACUGGCUACAUCAAGUGGGAACUUUCUAGGUGAUCACUCUCUGGUCGAGAAUCUGGAGACAAACAAAAAAACCGCUAAGGACAUUGAGGAAAAGGUCGCAGAAGCCAAAGUGACAGAGCGUGAGAUUAACCAAGCUCGUGAACAUUAUAGAAAUGCUGCAGCACGGGCGGCACUUAUCUACUUCGUGAUGAAUGACUUAUGCCACAUCCAUCCAAUGUAUCAAUUUUCGCUCAAGGCGUUUCGCACUGUCUUUGAGCAUGCUAUUGACACCGCACCAGAAGCAGAGACUGAGAAGGAACGUCUAGCCAGCCUGUUAGACAACAUUACCUAUUCCAUAUUCGUAUACACCACGCGUGGUUUGUUCGAGAAGGACAAACUCAUCUUCCUCGUGUUGAUGGUGUUGCAAGUACAGAUCGCUUCCAAAGAACUGUCACCUGUUCUCAUGGACUUCUUACUGCGUUAUCCAGUUGUGCCAGAUGUGAAAAGUCCGGUCGAUUUUCUGAGUGACUUAAAUUGGGGGGGAGUACAAACAUUAGUCAAAAUGAGUAACUUUCGAGAUUUGGACAAGGAUAUCGUCGCCUCAGCGAAACGAUGGAAAGCGUUUCUGGAAACCGAGGCUCCUGAAAAGGAGAAAUUUCCACAAGAGUGGAAGAACAAAAGCGCUGCGGAGAAAUUGUGCAUGAUGCGUGCUCUUCGACAUGAUCGAAUGACCUACGCGUUACGACACUAUAUCGGUACCACUUUUGGGAUGAAAUAUGUCGAAGCGCGGCAAGUGGAGUUUGCCAAGUCCUUCAAGGAAUCCAACUCUGCUGUUCCGAUAUUCUUUAUCCUUUCUCCCGGUGUCGACCCUCUGAAAGAUGUGGAAGUUUUGGGAAGGAAGCUCGGAUUUACCUUAGAUCAGGGUAACUUUCACAACAUUUCGCUCGGUCAGGGUCAGGAAGUGGUUGCUGAGGCUGCACUAGAAACUGCCGCCCGCGAAGGACAUUGGGUGGUUUUGCAAAACAUUCAUCUGGUCGCACGUUGGCUCAGCACCUUGGAGAAACGUUUGGAACAAUACUCCGAGACUGCGCAUUCUCACUACCGAGUGUUUAUCAGCGCGGAACCUGCUGGUGACCCUGCUGCUCACAUCAUUCCUCAAGGCAUUUUAGAAAAUUCGAUCAAAAUCACCAACGAACCACCAACGGGAAUGCACGCGAACUUACACAAAGCACUGGACAAUUUUACUCAGGAAACUCUGGAGCGAUGUACCAAAGAAGCGGAAUUCAAGCCCAUUCUGUUCGCCCUGUGCUAUUUCCACGCCGUUGUGACGGAGCGCAGCAAAUUCGGUGCUCAAGGCUGGAAUCGUACAUACCCGUUCAACGUUGGUGAUUUGUGCAUUUGUCUGGAUGUGUUGUACAACUACUUGGAGGCGAACUCCAAAGUGCCUUGGGAGGAUUUGCGUUACUUGUUUGGCGAAAUCAUGUACGGGGGACACAUAACGGAUGACUGGGACCGUCGUCUAUGCCGGACGUUUUUACAAGAAUACCUGCAACCUGACCUGGUAGAUGGCGAUCUAUAUUUGGCUCCCAACUUCUUGGUUCCACCCAACAGUGACUAUGUAGGCUAUCAUGAUUACAUUGAUAAGAACCUACCUCCGGAGUCGCCCUAUCUGUAUGGUUUACAUCCAAACGCGGAAAUUGAUUUCUUGACUAAAGCAUCGGAGAGAAUAUUCCGUGUGGUACUCGAAUUACAGCCGAGAGACGCAGGCGCCGAUGUGGGCGACACACCUAGCCGCGAGGAGACGUUGAACAACUUACUGGAGGAUUUAUUAGACAGAUUGCCGGAUGGUUUUCCUAUGUCUGAACUGUACGCUCGCCAGGCACCGGAGGAGCGCAGUCCCUACGCAGUGGUCGUACUGCAGGAGUGCGAACGUAUGAAUUUAUUGGUUGAUGAAAUGCGUCGCUCACUCAAAGAAUUACGGUUAGGUCUGCGUGGUGAGCUGACGGUUUCUGCUGCCAUGGAACUUCUCAUCAACGCCUUGUUCCUCGAUCAGGUACCGGCUUCGUGGGAACGCUACGCAUAUCCUAGCUUGUAUCCGUUGGGAUUAUGGUUCGCGGACAUGUUGAACCGAGUGAAGGAUUUGGAAAUUUGGUCACAAGAUUUGGGACUGCCCGGUUCGGUAUGGAUUGGUGGUCUGUUCAAUCCGCAGUCCUUCCUCACAGCGGUAAUGCAACAGACCGCGAGAAAAAUGGAGUGGCCGCUGGACAAGAUUUGCAUCAGUGUAGAGGUGACGAAGAAGACAAAGGAAGAGAUGGGUUCUGCACCGCGAGAAGGCGCUCAUGUACACGGCCUUUUCAUGGAGGGUGCCCGAUGGGAUCCAGGUGCAGGGUGCAUGGUAGAUGCUCGCAUUAAAGAACUCGCUCCGCCAAUGCCUGUAAUGCUGCUGAGAGCAGUCCCAUCGGACCGACAGGAAGGACGCGUGGCUGCCAUGUAUGCUUGUCCUGUGUAUAAAACGAAACUAAGAGGACCCACAUUCGUAUGGACGUUCCAUCUGAAGACGAAAGAGAAACCGGCGAAGUGGAUUUUAGGCGGUGUGGCCCUUCUGCUUCAAGUGUGAUAAGGUGAAACAAGGACGCAUUUGCCUGCAGCAAACACUGCCUAAUGUGUCAAGUAGGCGCGAGCUAUAGGAAAAGUGUUUCAGAUACCUGCCACUCUAUACACAUGUACUUCCUAUAUGUACUUUCACUUUCGACAUACCAAUUCCCUCAAGAUCUCUGAAUAUAUCCUUACGUUGUACGAUGCCUUCCCAUUCGAGCAAAUGCACUGUUCACCCAAAACUUCUCAGUGCACUAGUUACAGUGUCUAUUAACACUUUACUGCAUUUAAAACGCUAUGCGUUUUUAAGGCAUUGUGUUUAUUUCUGAUAAACUUCAUCGAUCUUAGGCCACAAUCUUGACUAAUUAGUUACACAACGUGAACUAGAUGAGAAGCUACUGAUUACCUGCGCUCA